AUGGAUCGAGAAGAGAGGCGGACUUUAAGUGCUUAUGGAGACAUGGGACCCAUCAGCAACUCCAUAGACACCUUUGACAACAACCACCACCAGCACAGGAUCUUCAUAGAUGAUGAGCCUGAAAAUGAUGCACCACUCAGCACUACAGAUUGUGGCUACACAAGACCCUUUGUGUUUCUUGAUAUAAUAUGGAACUUGGCAUUUGUUUUGUUGUCAUUUUCUGUGCUUUUGACCACCAUUCAAGAAAGACCCUCGACUCCUUUAAGGAUUUGGAUUUUUGGGUAUGCUCUGCAGAGCCUUCUGCAUGUGGGGAUUGUAUGGGCUGAGUAUCAAAGGAGGAGUCUUGAUGAUGUUGGGGUUCGAGAGUUUAACUUUCGUGGUGUCUUUUCGUUUUCUUCACUGUGUCAUAACAGCAUUAUCAAGAAGUUGGAAUCCAUUAAUACUGUGAUUUCAUCUAUUUGGUGGGUGUUCGGAUUUUAUUGGACUGUGACGGGUGGCCAAGCGCUUCUACAAGACUCUCCCCGGCUAUACUGGUUAUCGGUGGUUUUUCUAGCCUUCGACGUGUUCUUUAUGAUCUUCUGUAUCGCAAUGGCCUGUAUCGUUUUCUUUGCAUUGUUCUGUUGCUUUCCUAUCUUAUCUACAGUUGCCUAUGCUAUGACUAUUGGAGAAGGAGCAUCUGAAAAUGAUAUUAGGGCACUUCCCAAGUAUAGAUAUCGCCUGCCCAAUGCUUCGGGAAAUGAUAAGAAGCAAGAAGAAGUUAGUAUAAUUUCAGAGUCUGAUGACAGUAGUCCCGCAGCUGAACUCGCUCUUAAUCUAGAGGAUUCUGAGUGCUGCAUAUGCCUUUACAAGUACAUUGAUGGUGUUGAGUUGUGUACCCUUCCCUGCAACCAUCAUUUCCACCAUGAAUGCAUUAGCAAGUGGCUGCAGAUUAGUGCAACCUGCCCUCUCUGCAAACUUAACAUUCUCAAGGAACACGUAUUUGAAACCAUUGAGAUGCUCAUAACACAGGUUAUGAUCAGUCAUAUCUCCAUACUAACGGCUACUUUGCAAUCAAGAAAGCCCGUCUUUGGGAAGUUCUACGAGCCAAGCUUCACUUUACGUCACUCUCUUUACAUGUCAAGAUACACCUACAAUUUUGGAGUCAAUCUUUCAAUUUUGAGUAGAUGCCGACGUCCAUCAGGCAUCUACUCAAAUUCAGAGAGUAAAUCCACCUUUGUACUAAAUGGAAGUUCCACUAAGAGUAAGUAG